GAAUAAUUUGUGAGCCAAUCUAAGAUCUCGUCUUAAAGCUUGUAGUUCACACAUACUUUGUUUUCGUUCUCAAAAUCAGUAGCCACCAGAGUGAGUAGUUACAUAUAAAUAUACGGUACCGAGCCACUUCACGCUUGGGAGAUAUUUUUCUGGCAUUCUCGUCCCCUCCAAAUGGGGGAGGGCUGCCAGUGAGGAAAGUAAAGCCGCCUGCCUUCAGGCUGGCUGGUGAGGCGGGUGGGGGUGGCUCCCAACCACAGAGCCGGCUCAGGCCUUCCUCACCGCGGGUCCCUGCAGGGGGCGCUCUCCGGGUCCGGCUGCUGUUAACGUUCCGUUCUGGCCUCAAGAAGGCAAGGUUGCCCCCAAGCAUAAUCCCUCUGAAGAGAAACGACCUCCUUCUAUGUGGAUCCUCACAAAGUCUCUCCCGGGUUACAGGGUGCUCGCUUACUUUCUUCUGAACAAUAAAGCACUGUUUAGGAAAGCACACGCGCCUGAGCCGGCCUCUGUCGGGGCUGGUUCUGGAGGCUGAGAGGCCACCAGAAGAAACUAGAGAAAAGGAGGCAGAUGGUUGGCCCACAUUUAGGAAAUAUCCCUGGGGGUCUGACUGCACAGUUGUGUUAGAUGUCAGGACAAAUGAGCCUCAUAGAUGUUACUGGAAAAUGGCACCGGACGUGUGGUAUUUUACAGAUCACAUUGUGCUUAUUGGACAGAUGAAAACAGAUCAGCUGCUCCGUGGUCUGUGAGUGACUGACUAGCUAUGGCUUGGAAUAGAAUUUUAGUGACAGAAGCAUAGAUGAUUUAAAAACUGCUGUAUUAUCUGAAACAAUUCAGGCCAAACCGAAGAUGGUGUGCUAUGUAAAAUUUUUAAGACCAAGAAGCUAUUCUUGUGAGGAAGAACACACUGAUGCUGCAGAUGCACGUGAAGAGCUCAAAUAAAAUUGUUAUGACGUGGGAAAGUGGAAAAAAGCUUUGUUAUCAAAGUAGUAGUUUUUACAUGUGAUUUGAAAUGUGUGCUUUAGUAAAUUACUAAUAAAAUAAGUAGCGUAGAUAGGCAAGUUUUCCACAUCUGUAGACGUUGAUGAAAAACUUUUGGAUCUAAAAACUUCAGGAUCUUUUUGAGAAAAUAGGAGAUUGCCUUAUAUCUGGGAAUAAAUGGUAUUUAUGUUACAGACCUUGUGCAUUUUAUUCAUAGGUAAGCCCAUCACUCAGGGAUCUGUUUGUGUUUCAAGUCCAAUUCUAACAAAGUUAGUAAUCAGGUUUCUUGGUUUAAAGCCUAUUAAGAACAGAGCUGUUGGUUAGAAGGAGCUUCUAGAACUUGGCCCAUCAGCAGUAACAGAAAGUGGCAGGUGACAGUCCCACGGUGGGCGAGGAAACUGAAAAUAUAAAACAUGACAACACCAGCAGCAACGCCACCACCGACGAGCGCAGGCCGGGCAGGCGGCCCCCAGGGUGGGCUAGAGAACGCACAACCGCGUGGUGGGUGGUGGUCAGCAGGCCAUGUCAGUAACAUGACGGGAAGGUAGGAAACUGAAGAAAGAAAAUGUUUUGAAGAGAUUCCCACUCACAGCGAUGGCAAUAAAGAAGAGUUUCGCAUUCAAGGAGUAAACCUUAUUGAUCUGGAAAUUUCACUUUUUAAGCAUCUAUUCCAGUCUGGAUAAAUGAGGUGUUCUUCCGUGAUUACAUUUUCUCAUACAUUCUGUCUGACACAGAUUGUUCCCUUUGAUCCUGUCUGUACGUCUGUCCAUCAGAGUGUCAGGACAGGGUCCCAAAUACAAUCAAGAGAAACAACCAUCAAAUCUUACUACUUCAUUGAUUUUUUUUUUUUUUUUAACCAGUGAGCCAACAUUUUGCUUUUUCAUGAACCUACAUAGUCACUUUCUUUAAUAGUGGGAUCUUGGUGUGAGAUGUGUCUUAUAUUAGAAUUAUGUUGCUUCCGAGAGUGUGAAAUUUCAAAACUUAAGAGGAGGAGAUCGUUUCUAGCAAGUUUCUAUGUGUUUAGACAUUUGAGAAAUCUUUGUUUAGAAAUAAAUAUCUUUGGGCGCCUGGGUGGCUCAGUUGGUUAAGCGACUGCCUUCGGCUCAGGUCAUGAUCCCGGAGUGCCGGGAUCGAGUCCCGCAUCCCUACCCCCUCUUGUGCUCUCUCUCUCUCUCACUCUCUCAAAUAAAUUAAAAAAAAAAAGAAAUAUCUUUAAUUUCCAGUAGUAGGGGAGUUGUAUAUUUGGAGAAAUCAAAUCCAUUUCUUUCAGAAUUUGUCUACAGAGAGAAAUUGUAGAAAAUGGAACGUUAUGGGGAGCCCGGAUGGCUCAGUUGGUUGAGCAUCCAACUCUUGAUCUCCGCUCAGGGUCGUGACUUUGAGCCCCUGUUGGGCUCCACGCUGGGUGUGCUGCCUACUUUAAAAAAAAAAAAAGGAAUGUUAUUUUGUAGGUCCACAGACAUUCGCUCAUCACAUAAAUGCUGAGUGUCUUCCAUAGGCCAGUGCUGUGCUCAGUGCACAGAGUCUAAGAUGCUGUCAGGGGUACCCUAGUUUUAGAGAUGUUAAAAGAUGGGGAAAAUGGCAGGGAUUCACUGGAAGAUACUAAAUAUUGCAAUAUUGCAUCAUGAUUUCAGAGAUGUUAAAAUGUGAGGAAAAAAAUCUGCCUGAGAAUUGAUGAAAUACAGUGAUCACUGUAACAGCCAACAGUUCAUGAAUGCUGACCACCUGUCAGGUGCUCUUCUUAGCCUUUUGUAGGAAUUAACUCAUUUUACCUUCACAACAGCCAUUCAGGCAGACACUGUGACUAUCCCCAUUUUAAAGAUGGAGAAAUGGAGGCAGAGAGAGAGGGAGAAGACACCCAUUGUCAGAAAAAAAGAUUAUGCACUAUAUGUACCAGUUAUGUAAAUCCCUUGAUCAUAUGCACAGAAAUGGAAUAUUUCACAGAGAUGUAAAGCCAGAAAAUAUAUUAAUAAAGCAGGAUGUCCUGAAGUUAGGGGACUUUGGAUCCUGCCGGAGUGUCUAUUCCAAGCAGCCCUACACAGAGUACAUUUCUACCCGCUGGUACCGCGCCCCAGAGUGUCUCCUCACCGACGGCUUCUACACCUACAAAAUGGACCUGUGGAGCGCUGGCUGCGUGUUCUACGAGAUCGCUAGUCUGCAGCCCCUCUUCCCCGGAGCCAACGAGCUGGACCAGAUCUCAAAAAUCCACGAUGUCAUCGGCACCCCUGCUGAGAAGACCCUCACCAAGUUCAAACAGUCGAGAGCUAUGAGUUUUGAUUUUCCUUUUAAAAAGGGAUCAGGAAUACCUCAAUUGACAGCCAAUCUGUCCUCGCAAUGCCUCUCCCUCCUGCAUGCAAUGGUGGCCUAUGAUCCUGAUGAGAGAAUCACUGCCCACCAGGCCCUGCAGCAUCCGUACUUCCAAGAACAGAGGGCGGCUGAGAAGCACGCUCUGGCCAGCCGCAGGAAAGCCUUCUUUCCAGAGCGCCCUGUGGCAUCGGAACUUCUCAGUAACAGUUGGCACACUUCAAAGGAGGACAGAAAGAAACAGUCCCUAAAGCCAGAGGAGGACCAUCCCAAGAGACCAGGACCGGCCUACCUAAUGCAACUGCCCAGACUGAAGCUUUCGGGAGGGACCAAACUGUCCUCGUACUCCAGCCCCGUGCUGCACUCCGUGUUCGGCCCGGGGGCCAACAGGAAAGUGCCGGUGCUCAGGCCCCUCAAGUGUGUUGGCGCCAACCAGAAGACGGACGCGCAGAAGGACAGUAAGCCCAGCCUGAAGCAGUAUCGCCUGCCCACGAUCGAAAGGAAGGGCGGAGGCUACUGAGCAGCCCAUGCCGGCUCUCUUGCCGGGAGCAUGAGACCAGGUGCGCAGGGCCGGGCCCCGCGGAUUGCCGCCGAGCCUCGGAUGGGGGGCUCCGGGGAGAGGCCUGGCGUGUCCCCCUCGCAGAGCCCUGGCCCCCCCCGAGACCACUGCCCCACAGGCCAGCCAGCACCCACUUGGCCUGGAGCCCCUAGCCUGCAGCACCUGGCAUCCUGAGAGCAGAGGUCCCGUAUGUUCCUGUCGAAUACGUUUGUAAAAUCACCUCAUUCUGGGCUUUUGUUUCAUUCUUGUAACCUAGGAAUUUGGGGCAGAGCAUAUUUUGUAAUUUUUUAUAUGAAUCAAAACAGAAAUGAGAACUUAUAUACUGUAUUAUUUAGGCUUGGUUUCACCGUGGGCUUUGCGCACCGCGCCUUCUUCGGUACGUCACCAAUACCGUAUGGUGCGUCACAGCUCACAGAUCUGUCGGAGUUUUAUUAAAGAAUAAGCUGUCAGUA